CAAAAAAUAAAGACAAGGCUACCUUGUUUUGUUUUCUGUUUUAUUUUUCUUCUAUUUCAGCAAUUUUCUUCCCCAGGCAGCAGACUCACGCGGCUGCUGUUUCUCUCUAUCUCGAUCGAACCCUUCCCUACUGAUUUCUCUCUCUCUCUAUAGUCGACGACGACCUCCCGGUCAACUUCAUACAAACACCCACACAGACGAAGAGAGAGAUAGAGAGAGAAAGACGAAGAGAGAGAUCUAGCUUUCCCUUUUCUCUUUCUCCCAGUAUUGUUUCGUCGCCAUGGGUCAAGCUUUUCGGAAGCUCUUCGACACCUUCUUCGGCAACACUGAGAUGCGAGUUGUAAUGCUUGGCCUCGACGCAGCUGGUAAAACAACCAUCCUUUACAAGCUGCACAUUGGUGAAGUUUUGUCAACUGUCCCUACAAUAGGUUUCAAUGUGGAGAAAAUUCAGUAUAAGAAUGUGAUGUUCACUGUUUGGGAUGUCGGUGGACAAGAGAAACUAAGGCCACUCUGGAGGCAUUACUUUAAUAACACGGACGGGCUGAUUUACGUUGUUGAUUCCUUGGACAGAGAGAGAAUUAGAAGAGCGAAGGAGGAAUUUCAGGCCAUCAUCAGUGAUCCUUUUAUGCUCAGCAGUGUCAUCUUGGUGUUUGCUAAUAAACAGGAUAUGAAAGGAGCUAUGUCGCCAAUGGAAGUGUGUGAAGGACUAGGCCUAUUUGAUCUCAAGAACAGAAAAUGGCACAUACAAGGGACUUGUGCCCUUCGAGGCGAUGGCCUUUACGAGGGCUUGGAUUGGUUAGCUAGCACGCUGAAAGAGAUGAGAGCUGCUGGAUACUCUUCAGUGGGCACCUCGUCAUUCUAAUAGUUGAGGUUUAUUAGGAUUCUUGGGGCUGGUCAAUUCAAAUUGACGACGAGCUGAAGAGUUGGUCAUCUGUGCAUCCAAAGUUCCUGGGCUCCUGGACUUGCUUUGGCAUUCAGACAUGUAAACCAUUUCCAAUGUAUAUUCAAAAUCGCCAGGUUGUGCAAUCGAUGAGUAUUUGCUGAUAUUAUUAUGUCUGAUUUGGAGUUUGCCCCUUCAAAAGUAUCGUUGCCUACUUUUUGACAGAUUAAUGGGUAUAAUUGCUCGUGUUGCGUU